AUGUCGGAAUGGGUUGUGAAGAAUUAUGGCGAUGUGUUUCAUCUGACUCACAACGAAGAGUUUCCCGUUGCAAAGUAUGAAGAUUUCAUGGAGCUUAAAAAGAUAUUAGAUGAUGACGAUGGAUGGAAUUUAGCUCGCGACAAGAAUGGUACCGCCGUCCGGUUCCGUGAUCAAGACAAUGAAGAGAUUCUUCAAGUGAAGUUCCGCACCAGUGUUUUACACGACAUUGAUCCGAGUGUUCUUCAUGAUGUCUUACAAGACCCCGAGUAUCGUACAUCAUGGGAUGACUCGAUGAAGCAACAAGAGCUUAUUGAGCAGUUAGAUGAGAAUAAUGAGAUUGGGUAUUAUAGUGUUAAGAUGCCUUUCACAAUAAGUAAUCGCGAUUGGGUCAAUAUGCGUUCGUGGUGGUUUGAUGAGGAGAAAGGCAUCUACAUCAUUAUUAAUCACUCCGUCGAACAUCCAAAGAAACCCGUCCAAAAGGGCUUUGUUCGCGCUAAAAGCUUAAAGACAGGGUAUAUGGUAGAAAAGACUCCUGAAGGAACUAAACUCUCAUUCUUCUCGUGGAACUGCUGGAACGGACAUAUCCCAGCCCUCUUUGUUAAUAAAGCAACUAAAACAAUGAUGCCUAGUGUCGUCGAAGGACUCAGAAAAUCUUGUCUCAAAUAUAAGGAAUGGAAAGAAAACCACCACCCCGAGGAAAGGUACUGGAUGAAUAAGGGUAACGUCGUGCUCGAGAAACACCAGGUCGAGGAGUAA